AUGAUUGCUCUUCAGUUCAGAAGUGAGGGAAAAAUAAGAGGGCUGUCACUUCCUGUUAUUCACUCUACCCUGUACCUUCCCACUACGCCCCCUGGGUCUUCGUUUAUGAUAAGAAGCAACAGACCAAAGAGCUCGCGGGCCCCCCCUGUUGCCUCGCCCAUCAUUGAGGCAACGCCAAAUUUUCUCAAGGAGAUUGAAGGACUCUCGGUCCCCCUUCCCACCUCUCCUAUCAUCGAGCAGAUAUCAACUUCUGUCGAGGAGACCACGUUGUCUCAACCUACCCAAGUCUCCUUGGAAGAACCAAGCCAACAGACCGAGAAACCAGACGCACAGCUUGUAAAAGCAAUACCUCACCAAGAAUUUCCCGAUUUCGGGAUCAAGGAAGCGUUGAAAGCACUUAUCGACAACACCAUCUCGGUUGUGGAGUAUGGGAACCAAGUUCUAUACAGAUGUGGAUAUGCAGAGGUUCUGAUUGUCGUGGAGUGGGUUGUACCUGAUAAACAGCUGUUGCUUGCUUCACAGGUGUUGCUCGAAAACAACUGGCCCCGCAUUCUUUACCACGAGAAAGAUUGGAAUGGUAGAUCUAGAACUGCUGAAUACUGGGAAGCUCAAUAUCUGAUGCACGACCUUGAUGGUGAGGGCUGGAUGCGUGUCCAUCUUAUUCCCCUGUCGUUGGUUGGUUUCAAUCUUAAUGACACUGUCGAGGUUCCCUCGAAAUUUUCCCACGAGCUCCACCUCCUCACUCCCAAACCUCCUCAUUACAUGUCAUCCUUGAUACACCAUCUCUUGCAACUCCCGCUUGAUCACAAUAGCCGACUUCGAGUUGAGAAGGACCUUAUGGGGUUUAUUUCUGUUUACAUCCUCAAAGAUGGACCGACUAAUACGACCAUGUGGAGCUAUCUCAAUGACCUGGAGAGCAACGAGGAUUACCAGAAAAGAGUUGAAGAAGGAGUCCGGUUUAUGAAGACAUGGGACUGGGGAAAAAUUGAAAACAGAUACCUGGUCAUAGCUGAGCGUGCGGUCCGAGAUUGCCGCUACAUCAACACGCUGACGAACGUUCAUGAAGAGCAAGACACUCCCUGA